CAAGGGUGAGAUUGUAAGUACUCAGCUUAGGCACAGAUCACCACUGGACAGGGCAGAGAGAGGAGGGUGGAGAGAGAGGGAAAGAAGGGAAAAGUUUAAUACAGGUACAAGUAGAAGACGAAUGGGCAACUAGGGCAUUAAACUGUAUUUUAGCACCCUGAAAGCCUCCUAAAAAAAGGGAAAGAAAGUACAAUAGAAAAUAGAGUAGGUGUGAGGUAUGGGCUGUCCAGUUCUUUAUGUUAUUCUGCUGCCCUCACUACUGUGCCUCUGCGGGGUGCAGACUCAGGACUUGAGAGAACGGGAUGCACUCUGCAGGGAGGAUGGGUGCUUUGUGCUCCAUUUUCAGCGCAAGAUCUUUCUGGAGGCUUGGCGGAGCUGCAAGGAAUACGGAGGGAACCUGGCCACCAUCAGGCAUCCAAAGGAAGCAGCAAUAGUGAAGGAGCUCUUCUCGAACGUGGAACUGAGACAACACCACAGAGGCAAGGCAAAUAUCUGGAUUGGCCUUCAGAGACAACCCCGACAAUGUUCACCCACCCGACCCCUGCGUGGCUUCUCUUGGGUCACUGGAGAUCAGGACACCCAGUACACCAACUGGCUACAAGAGGACUCGGCCAGUACCUGCUCAUCCCCACGAUGUGUGGUGAUGCCUUACAGCACUGCGGCCCAUGAGCAAGGACAUAAUCUGAAAUGGAAGGAUGGACCUUGUUCGAUUUCAGUGGACGGCUACCUGUGCAGGUACAACUUCCAAGGCAUGUGUACAGCUAUUGCUAGCGAGGGAGGUGGGAAUACACUGUAUAGUACCCCUUUUAACCUGCUGAGUACCCUCUUAACACAUAUCCCGUAUGGAUCGGUAGCAGCUGUACCUUGUCCUGCUAAAGAGGACCAGUCAGUUCUGUGCACACAAAAGGAAGAUGGAACUGUUGGUUGGAACAGGGAACCACCUUUUUGCUCUGAUACGCCUAAGACAAGCUGGUGCGAUAAAGACAACGGAGGUUGCCAUCACUUCUGCGUUGAGGAUGACUCGCACUACUAUUGUGAUUGCAAUGAUGGCUAUCUCCUGGCUGAGGAUGGGGUAAGUUGCUUUCCGUCUGACCCUUGCAAUGGGGCUCCAUGUGAGUUCGAGUGCUUGCGUGUGAUGGAUGGCUACCGCUGUGCUUGUCCUGAUGGCUACAUGCUGGCACCUGAUGAACGGGGCUGUAUAGAUGUCGAUGAAUGCCUACAGAGUCCCUGUGAGCAUAUCUGUGUAAAUGCUCCUGGAACCUUUGAGUGUCGAUGCCGGGAUGGCUACCGACAAGAUGAAGAGGGUGCCUGUGAAGAUGUGGAUGAGUGUUCGGACAACCCAUGUGAGCAUGCAUGUGAGAACACAUUGGGCUCCCAUAUUUGCCACUGCCAUCUUGGUUUUGCCCCAUUACAAGAGGACCAGAGUCAAUGUCAUGACAUUGACGAAUGUCAAAUUGAAGGAACAUGUGAACAGAUGUGCAUCAAUUAUGAUGGAGGCUUUGAGUGCUACUGUGAAGAAGGUUAUACUCUUCAAUCUGACCAAUAUUCCUGCAGACCCAUCGGGGAGGACAUGGAGACUCCCUCAACCACCGUCUCCAACCCAUGGAUUACUCACAACCCCAUUUGGGAACCAGAGAAUCCUGCAUACCCAUGGCACCCUCCACCUGAUUCUGAUUGGAACUGGCAGACUGAACUGCCCAAUGUGGAGACAGUUCCGACAGACCUGAUUUCGACAACUGAAGAGGAACCUGAAACCACUAUACCGACUGAAAGCUCCCCUGAGGUCAUUAAUGUUAAUGUUGACCUUAAUCCAGAGCAACCAGUUCAUAAUGCUUUUUUUCCACCAGCAAUUCUGACACCCACACCAGACUAUUAUGAGGAUGAGAGCACCACAGUUCCCACAGUCCUCCCUUCCUCCACAGCUUCAGGCGGCGCUUGGAAUUGGCUCUGGUUCAGCUCAACCCAAACAAAGCCUGAGACACAGGAAACUGCAAAAAGCCCUCUUGACCUUUUUGGAGAAUAUGAGUCUUAUGAACAAGAUCAUGAUAAUACUGACAUGUAUGAUGAUGAAUCAACCACCUUUGGUCCAGGGCAACAAACUUCCACCCGGUUCCCAAUGCAGUCACGAGGAAUAGAGGAGGUCAUUAUUGAUAAUGACAACAGCAGUAACCAGAGCCAAGGAACCAGCUGGUUGCUAAUCGGAUUGCUAGUCCCACUUUGCAUCUUCAUUGUGGUGAUGGUGGUCCUGGGCAUUAUCUAUUGUACUCGCUACACAAUUAAACCACAGAACAAGAACACCAGCGAUUGCUAUCACUGGAUUGCUGGUGCUGGUGAUAAAGCGGCUACUGACAUAUCUGGUAGCGUAACUAAAUCCCAUGUUUAAGCAAGUAGGACUGUGACAGGACAGUGUGAAAUAUGUAAAUAAACUUUGUUUUGUAACUUCACAGUAGCGAGAGUUCCAAGAGGAAUUUGAUCAAUUGAGGGUAGCGCCCCAUCCUUUCCCUUUGACAUUUUUUAAUCCAUGAUUAUUUAUGGAUGUUUAUCUGGACAAUCUGCUAAGCGAAAAUUUGGAGGUGGGGGGCAAGGAGGAAUGACUCUAAAACCACUGAGCCUCAUUCUCUGCUGUCCUCAAGAGGCAAUAAAAGUUCUUCUACUGUUGGUCACACUGAUCUUUUAAUUUGCGAAACAGUUGCUCAACAAUCACAUGGCAACUAAGAGAGCAUACUUAAUAGAUGAGGAUAAUUGGUUGAGUAAUGUGGGUUAUUUAUUUUUCAUUUUGAAGGAACUUUCCUCAUGUCUUAAGAGAUUUGUUCUGUAAGAAGCCAUAAUUUCAGUCCAUUUUGACAAUGUCAAGAUUUUUAUUCCCUGUUGUAAAUUCAGUCUGAUCCAGACAAAGAAAAAAGGCUUUCUAUCAUAUUUGUUAAAUGCUGUUUUAACCAAACUGUGCCUAACAAGUCUUGUAACAAGAAGAUUUGAAAAUGCUUUCUAAACAUUGUGUGUUUAAUGACAGUAAUCUGACAAAAAUUGCUCUGAAAUCAGUUCUUUAGAGGUUAGCAUGCAUGUAGACAGUCUGGUCAUUAUGCCACACUGUGAGAGUGAAGUUAGUCAUAUUUCACAAGCAUUAUGAAAUGUCAAAACAAGCAGUCAGACAAUCAUGUACCAAUGGCUUUCCUUGAUCGGUUGCAGUAUUAUGUUUUGAUAUUCUUGAGGAUAUGUGAAGGUAAGGUACAGAUAAACUUGUUUAAACCACAAACCACCAAAUUUCCUGCUCUAACUACUACUUGAUUUUUAAAAACUGUUUAUUAAAG